GCAGGAGACUUGGAGAUUGUGAACAGUGCAACGAAGAAAAGAACUCGAGAUGUUGGUGUGACUUUUCCUACCCCAAGAUCUCGCCAGCCAAAUCAACGGCCACAGGAACCCUGGCAUUGCGUUGGUGGUAUUUUUGGAGACUCAGAUGGUAUGGUCACAGAUCAUCAGGCAGCAGGAAGCAAGGGGAUUUCAUGGUUUGUCCAAGCAGAAGACAUGAAAUCUGAAUCUAGGAAAGAAAACCAUUCCAGUGCCUUUUCUGGUGCUGGUCCAUCUUGGUUUGAACCACUGACCAACACAAAGCCUUGGAGGGAGCCUCUGCGAGAGAAGAACUGGCAAGAGCAGCAGCACGGCAAUGUGAUUCAGCCAGGAGUUCCCAGCACAGAUGCUGAGAACAAGUCCUCACGGCCCUAUGUGAAGCUUACGUUACAGGAGGCUCUUGCAGUGCAUCGCCCUGAUUUCAUCUCCCGCUCCGGAGAGCGUGUGAAGCAUCUGAAGCUUGUCAUGGAGGAGAGGAGGAUACAGAGUGUACUGCAGUCCGAACGAGAAGAACUAUUUAAUCCCCCAGAGAAAAGAAAGGGCUACAGGAAUGCAAGUCGGAUGCUGUCCGACAGAGGUCUUCUGAUUAGAGGAAAGAGAAGAACAAUUCCAAAGAGUGAAAUGGUUCAAAGAUCUAAACGGAUCUACGAGCAGCUGCCAGAGGUGCAGAAGAAGCGAGAGGAAGAGAAGAGGAAAAUGGAAUACAACUCGUACCGCCUGAAAGCACAGCUGUACAAAACAAAAAUCACCAACCGUGUCUUAGGGAGGAAGGUGCCUUGGAACUGAUAAAGAUCUCCUCUUCAAAGGAAGGUGUAUGGUGCUUAGUAAACUUGCAGCAAAAAGGAGAUUGGGAUGUGAAAAAAAUAACGCAGUAAAUACUUGUGCAGUGUACGUUUUGU